UGUGGCGUAGCGCUCAGCGGACCGCAAUGGGACAAUUGAGCUAGACUAGAUGUCAGCUGAACCAACUGCAUGCUAGUAAACACAACGGAGCGAACCAAAUCCAUCACUGGGAAACUUCGAGGAAGUUGUCUCCAGAGAAGGCCGUCUCCUCGCCCCUCCAUGUCAAAGAGCUCGGAGUUGUGACACCCUCGGCACUUCAAUCUCUUCGUGCCAUUCAGAGUCAACAAGCCUGUCAGCUGCCUCAUCCUCAGCGAAUGGCUCAGGAGAUCCCAGCAAAUGUGUUGAAGCUGUAACUUAUACUCCCUCCCCGCUUUAUUACUUUGGCAGCGUCGGAUAGUUGCUUCCCGUAGGAUCUGACUGGAGCACAUUUGAUCGGGAAAAACACUCAAAAUGCUUCACUAAACAAGACGGACACACUGCCAUUUAAUUUAGUUUUACCAUCAGGCAUGAUUAAAAAGCUGGUGCUGACUUUACAAAGAAAUGGAGAAGGAAGCAGUUGUGUGCCCAGUAUAGACGAACUAAAAGAAAUCCCUUUGAGUCAGGGGUCGUAUUGUUGUGAAAGUCAAAUCUCGGAUAAAACCAAAGAAAUCUUCAACUCUCGUUCACCAUGUGGGAACUGCAACGUGCCACAUCGCGCCCGGCCAUGAGUGGCAGCUCACACGCAAUCUCCAAGGAUGUCAUCCCAAACAGAAUGGCUGGACUUUAGUACGAACACAAGCGAAGAAAUCGACACAUCUUCACAUGAAAGACUGUCACUCCGAAAAAAGAAAAAGAAAGUCUGGUACAUCUCAGAGAGCCUGCGGGUGUUGAUGCAGCUAGACGGUGAUUACCUCAGUUCAAACUCUUUAUUUUACUGAAGCCUGCACGAGGAUGCCCCGUAACUCCGUCCGCUGCUCUUGAGAAGGCCAUUCAGAAGGAGGAGAACCCGUUUAUAGGAAAUGACAGAGUGCCUCACAGAAUGCAAGGCGCAGGUGACUCCAUCGACGCACAACGGUCACCGCGUCUUCAGCUACACGCUGGAGAGCCACACGUCGGCCGCCUUCGCCAUCAUGAACGAGCUGCGUCUGGAGCGGCAGCUGUGCGACGUCACGCUGCGCGUGCGCUACAAGGACCUGGAGGUGGUGGACUUCGUGGCCCACAAGGUGGUCCUGGCCUCCUCGUCCCCCGUCUUCCGGGCCAUGUUCACCAACGGCCUGAAGGAGUGCGGGAUGGAGCAGGUUCCCAUCGAAGGGAUUCACCCCAGGGUCAUGGACAGAUUGAUAGAGUUUGCGUACACCGCCAGCAUCUCUGUGGGUGAGAAGUGUGUCAUCCACGUGAUGAACGGUGCCGUCAUGUACCAGAUAGACAGCGUGGUCAAGGCCUGCUGCGAUUUCCUCGUGCAGCAGCUCGACCCCAGCAAUGCCAUCGGCAUCGCCAGCUUUGCCGAGCAGAUCGGCUGCACGGAGCUCCACCAGAAAGCCAGAGAGUACAUCUACAUGAACUUCAGCGAGGUAGCGACCCAGGAGGAGUUCUUCAACCUGUCCCACUGCCAGCUGGUCAACCUCAUCAGCCGCGACGAGCUCAACGUGCGGUGCGAGUCCGAAGUCUUCCAGGCGUGCGUGGCCUGGGUGCGGUACGACCGGGAGAACCGGCGGCCGUACGUCCAGGCCCUGCUGCAGGCCGUCCGCUGCCAUUCCCUCACCCCCAACUUCCUGCAGACGCAGCUCCAGUCUCUGGAGUGGGACCCGCAGUGCAAAGACUACCUGGCCCAGAUCUUCCAGGACCUCACCCUCCACAAACCCACCAAAGUCAUUUCCUGCAGAACUCCCAAGGUGCCGCAGCUCAUCUACACGGCGGGGGGUUAUUUCCGUCAGUCUCUCAGCUACCUGGAGGCCUACAAUCCCUGCACGGGGGCCUGGCUGCGGCUGGCCGACCUGCAGGUGCCCCGCAGCGGGCUGGCGGCCUGCGUGAUCAGCGGGCUUUUCUACGCCGUGGGCGGUAGAAACAACGCGCCCGACGGCAACAUGGACUCGAGUGCUCUGGACUGCUACAAUCCUAUGAACAACUGCUGGCUUCCCUGCGCCCCGAUGAGCGUCCCCAGGAACCGGAUCGGGGUGGGGGUCAUUGAUGGGUUGAUAUACGCAGUCGGCGGUUCGCACGGCUGCAUUCAUCAUAACAGUGUGGAAAGGUAUGAUCCAGAGAGGGACCAGUGGCAGCUGGUGGCCCCGAUGCUGACGCGGCGCAUCGGCGUAGGCGUGGCCGUCAUCAACAGGCUGCUGUACGCGGUGGGAGGGUUCGACGGGGCCAACCGGCUGAGCUCCUGUGAGUGCUACAACCCCGAGAGGGAUGAGUGGAGGACCAUGGCCUCCAUGAACACGGUGCGGUCCGGAGCAGGUGUGUGCACUCUGGGCAACCAGAUCUUCGUGAUGGGCGGCUACGACGGCACCAACCAGCUGAACUCGGUGGAGCGCUACGAUGUGGAAACGGACACGUGGAGCUUUGCUGCUUCCAUGAGGCACCGGCGCAGCGCUCUGGGAGUCACCGGGCUGCACGGACGCAUCUACGUGUUAGGAGGUUACGAUGGCAACACUUUCCUGGACAGCGUGGAGUGUUACGAGCCGGAGCAGGACACCUGGUCGGAGGUGACUCGCAUGACGUCGGGGCGGAGCGGCGUCGGCGUGGCCGUUACCAUGGAGCCCUGCCAGAAGGAUCUACCACAGUGCGAUAAUUGUCCAGACACCGGGGCCGCCGUGUCGGCGUGUCACUCCACAAAUCUGGGUUUCCACCACAACGGGCCGUUCGGCAAAGGCACAUGAAGUUUAGCGCCAGACGUUGACGUGAGCAGCCCAGAAUCAGGAAGGAGGUGAACUGAGACGCCACAUCCUGCCCCGCCGACUCGGGGCAUCGAGAAAAAACACAGCCACACGCAUUCACAAUGUCAGUAGUGAUUUUUUUAUGUUUUGUAAUCAGCUCACUGCUGCUGAUCCCUAAAAGGUGACUAAACUGUCAAAGAAGACCCCUAAACACGACCUCACACGUGAAUUCUGAUUGGUUGGAGGAAAAAACGCGACGGAGCUCCGGGCUCCUGACUAAAAAAUAAAUCUUUUUAUUGGCUCCAAGAGUCUUCAGGGUCUCUCUUAAUUUCAUUUAAUCUGACGGCAGAGGAAAAUCUUAAACCGCAGCAACAGAAGUAGCAUUUGUUUGAAUACGUAGUGGAGUUUAAAGUGCCAUUACCGUGCCGGCGGGCUUUAAAGUUAGCAGUAUGUUGUCUUGGGGGAUUUGUGUCGGAGUGGCUCCGGCCCGGUUCGUGUUUGCUGUGUACAACCUGGUGAAGUUUGUUUUUACAAUAUGAAGCUCCUACAUGACUAUGGGUUUCAUGCAAGAACAUGUUUCCUUCCUCCCAUCCAUGACAUUUUUAAUUUCUUCUUCUUUUCUGAGCUUUGCUCUCUUCCCUUCCUCCAGUCUGACAUGAGAAGCUCAAGCCGUGAUGUGGAGAAUCAGCCGGUCACAUUACACACAAAGAACACUGUGUUGUGUUUGUGUGUAGCAGAAAACUAUAGUGGCAGCGGUUUGAGAUGGAGGUAGACUCCAGUAAAGCAUUCUGACUUCCGUACCAGAACUAGCGUGGGAGGUUUGCAGCCCCAGGAGUCUGACAGUCAGCUGCUACGUCAUUAAACAUCCUUUAAAAUUAACCCUUUCACCUCAUGUUCCAAGUUCAAGAUGCCUAAAAUACUGUUUCAGUUUGUGUGUCACCAAAUACUCAUGACAUCAUAGACACUGGUGUUUCUGUUGUUUUAUUACGCCGAUUAGAAAUAAGUGACAUUGAUUUGAUGAGCAGUCACGUUUCAUCAUCAUCAUGGACAAUUCUCUAAUGCGACGCCCUGGCGUGCGUGCGUGCGUGCGGCAGCGGAGGAAGGAUGGCGGGAAGCAGCUGUGCGAGUGUUUUCCAAGAAAAACUGCUGUGACAAUAAGUUUUAACCCUUUAAUGCCGGCUGCAUCAUAAUUAAGACAUUUCGGAGACCUCUACAUCAUCCACAUUAUCACAUAACUACCCAUUAGUCUUUAUUAUGAUACAAAACAUUAUUAUUAAUAUUAUUUAGAAACUGUUAAAGACCAUAUUGGAGGUAUUUUUCAUUCAAUACAUUAGAAAGACUUAAUACCAAGAAGAAUUGUACGUGUAUUAUGGCAUUUAUGAGGCUUUAAAGGGUUAAACAGCAGCUACUUCUCCAACCACUGGUUCUUGCAUGGAGCCCAUCGUCUAAAACCCGAGUGUCGGUACAAGAGACAAAGGAAUUUACAAGUUCACCCGUUCACUGGCGGGUUCAGAAAAUGUGAAGUUUUAAAGAAAAAUAACCCAACCGUCUGCAGAUCAUAGCUGGUUUCCCCUCAGGCUGCCGGAGAGUUUGGCGUGAUUAUUGUGCAAAGCACGAGUAGAAUGAAGAAAUGUAGUUUUGAUUGUGUUUAGGAGAAAACUGAAUACUGUAGCGUUGGACUCAAAACAUCUCAUUGAAUGUGGGGGUUUUUUUGUUUUGUUUUCCUCUUUCUUUUAUAUGAAAACACACUAAACACUGACAGAGUUCAGAACAUCCCACCUGCAGCUGACUUGUUUCGGUUUUCAUAUCCACAAGACCUCAGAACCAGAAGUGAGCGUGUUUGUACUUUAGUGUUCAAAUACUGUGUACUAAAGACAAAAACGUGCUUCAAUAAGUGUAUUUGUAACAGCAACUUAAGCUACAAAGGUUUGUAAAAGAAUUUUUGUACAUUGAUAAUCUUAAGAAAUCUUGUACAGGAUUCCAGAGUUCACUUUUUUAUUUAUUUGUUCAAAUUUUUUUUUCUUUUCUUUCUCUCGUCGUUUUGAUCUGACGGACAUAAGCUUUGUAUUAAAAUCUGCCUCUUGUCGUGUUUUUAAAUGACUAGCAUGCUUUGUAACUAAGUGGGAAUGCCUGUUCUUGCUCAUUUUGGAUGUUUAACACAAAAACGAUUUGCUUCACCUUGAUUUGGGUUUUUUUUUUUUUUUUUUUUUAAUCUUGUCAUGUAAUUAGUUGGAAUGGAAAUGUAGAUUAUUUAAGAUCUGCUUUGUACAGUUUUGUCCAGCAUAAAAGGAAAAAAAAGAAGAAAAAAAAAGCUUCAUGUACUGCUGUAGUUUGUAAUAUUUGUUAACUAUGUGUGGAUUUUUGUUUUUUAAAUCCUCUGCCUACAUUUAUUUGCCUGAUGUGAUCUGUUUUUGUUUUGCAGGUUUAACUGGAAAUUUUUGAAUUUAAAUUUAAAAAUUGGUUGAUUUUCAAAUUGAUUUUUAAAUUUAAAUACUUUAUUAAAUCCCCAAAAUGAACCGGUCUUCUUGCAGUAGAACGUUGGUAUUAUAAACCAGAUAACUACCAUUUAUCUACUGACAUCAUUCCUUCUACGCAUUUCCCACCACUGAGGACUAUAUUUUUGCAGUAUCAAUAAUAAAAAAAAUAAAAAAUGAUCAGCUCCAACACAUUCAAGAUAAGUCUUACUUACUCAGUCGUUAUCUGACCUAUAUAAAGGAAGUAAACCAGAAGAAAUUCCCUGCAGGCUGCAGAGCUGCAGAAAAGAGCCAUCGCCGCCACCUAGCGGUAUGUGGUGUAAUUAUACCUACACAAAUAACUUUGUUUAACUCCCACAUGUAGGCUA